AUGGAAUUGGACUUAUUUAUAAAAUUCAGCUCAGUUUAAACUCUGUUUCUAUUGUUAUUCCUAUUUUUGUUACAACAGUAAUAUAUACUUCAACUUAUAGAUUAUCCAAAAAGACAUUCAACCUAUCCAAUUUAUAGGAGAUAUGUUAAUUUGUUAAUAUAAUUCUUAACUUAUUUUUAUCUAUUUCUGAAAAGAAAAAAGAAAGUAUAUUUGAGUGUUAAUAAAAAUACUGUUCAAUAUAAAUAUUAUAAAUUCUCAUUUAUAAAUAAUAAUAAAUUUUAUAUAAACUAUGCAAAGUUAUAUGCAACAAUAAAAUAAAUAGUAAUUUUAUAGGGUAUUUUAAGAGAAUUGAUUAUUCAUAAAAGAAGACUUAGUGAUAUUUAACAAAGAAAGAUUUCUAUUCCAAAAUUAGAUAAAACUGUUGAUAUAUAUAAAUAAAACAGAUUUAUUACUGCUAGAAAAUAAGAAAUAAAUAAAUGGGAAGGAAUAAAGAUAUAAAAUUAGAAAUUACUAAAGAAAAUAAAUAAUGUUGAAUCAUCUUUUCAAAAAUCUGUAAAUAUUCAAUAAAAUAUUCUUGUAUUCAAGAUAAUCCAUUCGCAGUGUUAGCUCUUGUAAUUCUAGAAAAUCUAUUGAAUAUAAGGAGAAUUGAUAAAAAGAAAAUAAUAGAAUAUAACUUAAAUUAUAGAAAAUGUAAUAAUUUUGGAAACUUCUAUUCUAGUACUUCUACUUUCAAAAAGCCUAAAAAAUAAUGUUAAAGGAUUUCAUAGUCUAGUCAAAAAUUAGAAAAAUCACAUUAAUUGAAUAAUAGUUACUAGAAAAGCUUUAAUGUUUAACCCAUAAUGAAUUAUAGGUUUUAAGGGAAGGGGUUUACGAAACAUAAAAUUUUUCAUUAAUCUGGAGAAGAGAAAUAAAAAAUAAUGUCAAUAAUCUAAAAAUAUUAAUAAGUUUUGGAUUAAUUUCUACCCAACACCUAAUUUAAUAAAUGA